AUUGUUUGAUGUAUGCAGAAUGAGGUGAGAGAUGAAGUCAGUGAUGUUUCACAGUUUUUGGUGAUCUCACAAAGUCAGACUUCCAGUCAGGGCAGAAUCUCUCUUGCCCACCAAGAUGCUCAAUCCAAGUUCUUCAGAAGAGGAGAGCGAUGGGGAGGUAUCAGAUAACCAGCGUCAUGAGGUGACACCCCCAUCACUCACUCAUCUUGUACCCAGUCCAUCUCUUCAGGGAAGGUCAAUUUCCCCAAAUAGUGCCACAUCUAUUGAUACAUUGAGCAUUGGAGGUGGUGCAAUAUCUCGGACUAAUUCCCUACCUAGGCCCAUUAGCCCAAGCCCUUCUCUUGCCAGUGAGAAAACAACUGAGCCUGAUUUGCAGGAAAAGCAGGAACGGGAGGAAGAGGAACGAAAAAAGAGGAUCCAACUAUAUGUAUUUGUUUCAAGAUGCAUCGCGUAUCCUUUCAAUGCCAAACAGCCAACUGACAUGACAAAGCGGCAUCAGAAAGUGAUGAAGCAGCAACUGGAAAGUAUACAGAACAGAUUCCAGUGUUUUCUCCGUGGAGAGCUUCAAGUCCCAGGGAUUCCGAGUGAUGAAGCAUUCCAAAAUGCAAUUCAGAGUUACUAUGAAGUCUUUCUCAAGUCUGAAAGGGUGAAUAAAAUGGUGCUAGCUGGGAGCUUCUCCCUCUAUGAUUUCCGUGAAGUGUUCAGGAACAACGUGGAGAAGCGCAUCAGGUCAUUGCCUGAUAUUGAUGGUCUCAACAAGGAUACCGUCCUAAACUCAUGGAUGGCCAAGUUUGAUGCCAUCAUAAAGGUGGAGGAAGACCAGCGGAAAACAGGUCGUGUUCAGCAGAACCUGAACAGUGAAUUGAUAUUGUCAAAAGAGCAGCUCUAUGACAUGUUCCAACAGGUGCUAGGCAUAAAGAAAUUUGAACAUCAACUUCUUUUCAACGCCUUGCAGCUGGACUCUGCUGACGAGCAAGCAGCUGCUAUUAGAAGAGAACUUGAUGGUAGACUGCAGCGUGUGGCUGAAAUGGAGCGAAAUCGGAAACUCAUGCCUCGGUUUGUCCUGAAAGAGAUGGAGUCCUUAUACAUAGAGGAGUGCAAAUCUUCCAUCAACCUCCUCAUGGCUAAUUUAGAGUCAUUGCCUGUUUCCAAGGGUUCCACAGACUCUAAAUACGGUCUGCAGAAAUUUAAAAGGUAUUGGCAUAGGUCACAAGGAUCACUUGGAAAGAUGGAGGGAGAAGGAGACACUGACACACAUCUCUCCAAGCUUGAUGUUGUCUUGUCUUUCACUUUGGAGGUGAUAGUCAUGGAGGUGAAGGGGCUCAAAUCCUUGCCUUCAAAUAGAAUAGUGUACUGCACAAUGGAGGUGGAAGGAGGAGAAAAGCUCCAAACUGACCAGGCAGAAGCAGGCAGGCCUAUGUGGGAUACACAAGGAGAUUUCACUACAAACCACAUAUUGCCUUCUGUCAAGAUCAAGUUAUAUGCUGAGAGCCAGGGAAUGCUAGCCCUUGAGGACAAGGAAUUAGGCAAAAUAGUCUACCGUCCAACACCAUUCUCCAGCAAGGUUGCUCCUGAGUGGCACAAGCUGACAGUUCCACCCAAAGCAGCUGACCAAGAUUUGCGCAUCAAGUUUGUUUGCCGUAUGGAUAGACCUCAGAAUCUCAAACACUGCGGGUGGUUGUAUGCUGUGGGAAAGACACAGUGGAAGAAGUGGAAAAGAAGAUACUUUGCCUUAGUCCAAGUGUCUCAGUACACAUUUGCCAUGUGUAGCUAUCGAGAAAAGAAGUCUGAGCCUACUGAAAUGAUGCAGCUUGAUGGCUAUACAAUUGACUACAUCGAACCUUCUAGUGAUUUGGAGGGAGGACGAUUCUUUUUCAAUGCUGUGAAGGAAGGAGAUAGCAUUCUAUAUGCAACAGAAGAUGAAAAUGAAAGCCACUUAUGGGUGAUGGCCAUGUAUCGAGCCACAGGGCAGUCUCACAAGCCCACACCACCCAUCACACCUGCAUCAGGGAAGAACUCCACCAUCUCUAAGCUGCAAGGAGAUGCGGAUCGGGCUAGAAAGCAUGGAAUGGAAGAGUUCAUUGCUGCUGAUCCGUGCAAGUUCAAUCAUCACUGCAUAUUUCAGACCCUCCAGACUCUGACCCUCAAUUUUAGGCUCAAUGACCCAUACUGCUCUCUGGGGUGGUUCAGUCCAGGGCAGAUCUUUGUCUUGGAUGAACAUUGUGCCAGGUAUGGGGUUCGAGGUUGCUUUCGCCAUCUCUGCUAUCUCCAGGAUCUCUUGGAUCGGGCUGAAAAAGGGAUUCUUAUUGAUCCAACUCUCAUUCACUAUUCAUUUGCAUUCUGUGCCAGUCAUGUUCAUGGAAACAGGCCAGAUGGGGUUGGGACUGUGCUACAUGAUGAAAAGGAUCGAUUCCAAGAUGUGAAGGAGAGGCUCAGGGUUCUUCUUGAGAAUCAGAUCACCAACUUUAGAUACUGCUUCCCUUUUGGGAGGCCAGAAGGGGCUUUGAAAGCCACUCUCUCACUCCUGGAACGAGUGCUCAUGAAGGACAUUGUGACACCUGUGCCUCCAGAGGAAGUGCGAAGUGUCAUCAAGAAAUGUUUAGAGAAUGCAGCACUUGUCAACUACACCAGACUUUCUGCAGAAGCCAAAAUUGAAGAUGACUUCAGUGGGGAACUAGCAGUGAGCCCAAGCAAGAAACUGGAGGAUCUUAUCCACUUGGCUGAGCUGUGUGUGGAUCUCUUGCAACACAAUGAUGAAUACUAUGCUGAGGCCUUUGCAUGGUUCAGUGAGCUCUUGGUGGAGCAUUCCGAGAUAUUCUGGUCCCUUUUUGCUGUGGAUAUGGACCAGGUCCUUGCUGAACAACUUCCUGACACAUGGGAUUCUUUCCCACUCUUCCAGAUCCUCAAUGACUACCUACGCAGCGAUGAGAAUCUGAGAAAGGGGAAGUUCCACUCACACCUGCGAGAGACAUUUGCCCCACAAGUGGUGCGAUAUGUGGACUUGAUGGAGUCAUCCAUAGCCCAGUCCCUCCACAAAGGAUUUGAGAAAGAACGCUGGGAGCCCAAAGGGAAUGGCUGUGCAACAUCAGAAGAUCUUCUAUGGAAACUUGAUGCCUUGCAGUCAUUCAUCAAGGAUCUCCAUUGGCCUGAUGAAGACUUUGCUCGUCACCUUGACCAGAGACUAAAGGCUCUGGCGGCUGAUAUGAUUGAAUCCUGCAUUCAGAGAACGGAGAAUGCAUUUCAGCUGUGGCUCAAGAAGGGGGUCACAUUUUCCUCCACCGAUUACAUUCUUCCGACAGAAAUCUGCGUAAUGAUUAAUGUUGUCCUGGAUGCCAAGAACCAGUCCUUCAAACUCUGUGCUUUGGAGGGAGUGAGUCUUGCAUUCCCACAAAAAUAUCAUCCUCCUAGUCCAUCUUGUUACAAUUAUCACAUGAAGGUGGAUGAGGUGAUUGAGCAGGUGAUGAGCAUGAUGACCCAGCAAGUGGUGGCCAAGUUGGUGUCUAUCCUUGAGAAUACACUUGCCAAACUAGGACGCUAUGAUGGUGGCUCUCUCAUUGGAUCCAUCUUGAGCUUUACUUAUCGGCAGAAUGUGUCUGGAUCUGGAAGGGAGUUGGGUCAGGCAUACAUAAACUUCGCUCGAACCACUGUGGAUCAGAUCAGGACAAAAAUUACAGAUGAACUCUGGAUUCUGAAUUUCUUUGAAGAAUGUUCCUUCUGGGUGUUUUGGUGCAUUUUCACAAAAUUCAUUGUCUCUUUUUAUCAGCAAUGGUACACUGGUCAAGUUGAGCUGCUGAGCGCAUGGCUGUCUGAGAGACUCGGCACUGCCUUGCAUCCAUAUCAAUGCACCUGUCUUGCCCAUAUCGUCAAGAAGCUGUAUUCAGAUUUUGAGCUGCAAGGCCUCAUGGAAGACAAGUUGAAUUCCCAGACAUACCAAGCGAUUGCCCAGCGGAUGCACACAGAGGAGGCAGCUUGUGCCCUCAUGGAAGGCUCACGUCGGGAUGAUGACCCUGACUUGGCCGAAGGAGGAGGAGAGGAUGAGACCCCUAAGCGAAAGCCAACUGCCACAGCUUCCAUUAAAGAGGCAUUCAGCGACCCACAAGGAAACUAUGUGGCCAAGAUCUCCAAUGUGACGUCUAAUGUCGCUUCCAAUGUGGCCGGACGACUGGGAAAUAUGGUUGGAAAACGACUGGGAGGUCUUUCAACCAAACUUGGCACCAAUCCCACUAACUGGUUUUAAAAAAAUUUAAUCAUCUCAGUCUAUGGUAUAUCUUCUUGGUACUCUGCCUCAAUCAUCAAACUCUCUGUACAACACUUGGCAAUAUAAUCACUUCCUUAUCCUCUAUCUUUCAUCUCUAUCUCAAUCUCUAUCUGUCUACGUCUCUCUGUCUGUAUCUCUGCCUCUCACUCUAUCUGUGCAGAAGAGAAACGCUCCAGACUUCUGAGCCAUGCCUGUACAUAAAAAGAGUAAGUAUUGACACAACAUUGUGCAUACACAUAGCAAUGUACAUUAUAUAGCCUUUUGAGCAGUUCAUUGCCGUGUUUUCAAUUUUUAAAAUU